AAAAAAACCUUUACUGGCGUGAUAGCAAAGCGGUUAAUGCGAUUGACUCGAAUUGACCUCAGGCAUGUGCUGGAGGUUUCCACUUUGAUAUCAAUUCCCUUCGGGGGCGCAGGUUCGAGUCCUGCUCACGUCGCCAAUUUCUUUUGCUUUUGCCACUUGCCAAUCUUCUUGUUUGCAUUUGAGGCUCUCCCUCUGACAUCAGGUGACGAGAGGUUAACAUUUUGCAUCUGGGAAAUCGAACACGCUGCAUGCAUCGCUGAGAGUCGCACUUAAGGAUAGUGAACCGUCUACUUGAUCUUUUGAUCCUCCUCGCCAACUUUGGAUGAGAAUUACGUCUACGGCCGUCGAACUCUUGAUCUUUUCCCUGUACUUGAGGGCAUUGGGGUUUCAAAGAUGAUAAAGUGCAGGUGAAAACUCAGAACCACGCACGCUCAGCAACAAGUAUGGUCAAUAAACCGCACGCUCCGCGGCCGGGGAACAAGGGCAAAAAGCCAGUCGCAGCGACUGCCAACGGCGAAGACACCUCCUUCAUUGUCUUCGCCAAAGACGAUGCGCCAGACAAGAAGAAGACCAAGGCUCCCAAAGAUACUGCAGCGUCCGGAAGCAAGGGCAAUGCUGCACCCUCCGACCCGGACGCCCCCAAGAAACCGGACACGAGGACUUUGAUUGCGGGCUCGUCGUGGACUGGCAAACUACCUAUGACGCUCUUCAAUGAACUCGCGCAGAGACAACGCUGGGAGAAGCCCGAAUACACCGUUCAUCGAAAUCCUAAGGGCUGGACAGGCGCCGUCAUCCUACGGCAAAAGCACCCAAAGACUCAGGAAAUCACCGCGCUGGCACCCAUUCUGCCGCCCGCGGAAUAUGUCAAGGAACACGCGGCGCGGGAGAGCGCGGUGGAGGCUCGACAUUUCGCUGCUGCUUAUGCGCUGUAUCGUGUCAGCAACAUGAAGAACAUCCAUAUGAUGCUGCCGCCGCAGUAUCGUGAUUUGUGGAAAGGCGAUUUCGAGACGAUGAAGAAGGAGGCCGUCGAGCAAGGCAAGGGCUACCUCUACGAAGCCGACCCCUUUCUAGCGAAGAAACAGCAUGAUGAGGCAGUUGUCGCCAAGGACAAGGCUAGGGCAGAUCGAGUCAAGCGCAUUGAAGAGGAUAAGAAGCACCAGGUCGUUGCAUUGGACGGCCAAACGCAGAGUCGAGACGUGUUGAAGGGGUGGAACCGAGCGCCAAAGGUGGAAAUGGGGAUCAAGACUCGUCGACAGGUCGAGCGCCUGAUUCGGCACAAGGGUGCGUGGAACUCCAACAACAUCACGCUGAGCAAAGUAGAGGUGCAGCGGAUCUGCGACGACUUGUCGAAGCUGGGCUUCCGCAGGAGCCAUGUGGAAGAGGCGACGGAGAUGUGCAAGGAUCGCGAGGAGUGUCUCGAGUGGCUCUUGAUCCAUGUGCCCGAGAGCGACAUGCCGCCGUGGGCACUUCCAGAGAAUUACCUGGCCGGGGUCAGCCUCGCCAGUGGAGAUCUGAAGAGGGAGGCGAAGAUCAAACACCUUGCCGUGGGUGGAUAUGCCCCGGAGGUGUGCGCUAAUGCCGUGGAUGAAGCUGGCGGAGACGAGUACGCCGCGGCCGAGAUUCUGCAGCAGAGCCUGCUUGCCGAUCGUUUGCAGCCAACAGAUCAAGCCGGCUCCCCGGAGAUUUGGGACGAAGAACUGGAGGCCAUUGCGGCAAUUCUCGGAGAAGCGUUCACGAAUCACGAAAGAAUAAGCGUGGUCACACUGGAACGGAAGACAACUACGGGGAAACCGAUCCACAUCCGCAUCCAGCGUCCACAAGCAGGAUAUCCUCAUCGACCACCAGUCCUUGCAAUCGACGCUGAACUCCCCGCAUACAUCCGACUCAGCAUUCUCAAGCAAUGUCUCUUGUAUGCGCAAGACACACUCCUGGGCGAACAAAUGCUAUUCCACAUCAUCGACUGGCUGGAGCGAGAAAUACCCGGCAUCAUCGAGAAGCCCGGUCGCCUGAGUGAGAUUGCGAGCGCCGCUUCUACCUCAGCUGAAGCGUCUUCGCAAGCCCCGCGAGAGAAGCCUAUGCGGCGUAGGCAGCCGAAGAGCAUUUCGUGGGCACCACAGAGUCCCAUCAGUGAACGUAUGCUAGUCGAGUGGACCUCUAAGCAGGGGAGUCCAGAACAACAGCGGAUGCUACAAACCCGGCAGAACCUCCCCGCCUGGAAGCUCCGAGACGCCAUCGUCUCCUCAGUGGUGUCGAAGCAGGUGACCAUCAUCAGUGGAGAGACGGGAUCGGGCAAAUCCACCCAAAGCGUGCAAUUCAUCCUUGACGAUUUGAUUCGUCGCGGAUUCGGCGAGCACGCCAAUAUCAUUUGUACUCAACCACGCCGGAUUUCUGCUCUCGGACUCGCGGAUCGGGUUGCGGAUGAGCGCUGCGGAAGAGUCGGUGACGAGGUCGGCUACGCCAUCCGUGGAGAAUCGCGACAGAAGCAUGGGGUGACGAGAAUCACUUUCGUCACCACUGGUGUCCUACUACGCCGCCUUCAGACCUCUGGCGGCAAAGCCGAGGACGUCGUUCGCUCUUUGGCAGACGUCAGCCAUGUCGUGCUGGAUGAAGUCCACGAGCGAAGUCUGGACACCGAUUUCUUGCUCGUGCUCUUACGUGAUGUACUCGGCAAGCGCAAGGACUUGAGGCUCGUGCUGAUGAGUGCUACACUGGACGCAGAUGUCUUCGAGAGGUAUUUCCAGGGCACUUGCACUGUUGGCCGAGUCGGGAUUGAAGGGCGUACGCAUCCAGUUCACGACAUCUACUUGGAUGAGAUUGUGCGCGCUACGGGCUUUGGAAGAGUCGGCGAUGAUGAAUCGGGCUACGACACGCCGCCCGUCCAUGAUCCUCGCAAUGGCCCUCCGCCUCCACAAUCGGUUGGGAAGGCGUUGAGAGCCGUUGGAACGAGAAUCAACUACGAGCUCAUCGCUCGCACGGUGCAACAGAUCGACAGCGACCUCGGAGAUGCGGACGGCGGAAUCUUGAUCUUCCUCCCUGGUGUUGGAGAAAUUGAGCAAACCCUUCGUGCGCUGCGGAAUGUACCUGGUCUGCAUGCUCUGCCUUUACAUGCCUCGCUGCAAAGCUCUCAGCAAAGAUUAGUAUUCAAGAGAGCUCCCAGCGGCAUGCGAAAAGUCAUUGCCGCGACCAACGUAGCCGAGACGUCCAUCACGAUCGACGACAUUGUCGCCGUCAUCGACACCGGCCGCGUGAAAGAGACUAGCUUCGAUCCUGCGAACAACAUGGUGAAGCUAUCGGAAGUCUGGGCAUCGCAGGCAGCAUGCAAGCAACGACGGGGCAGAGCAGGCAGAGUGCGGGCCGGCACAUGCUACAAACUGUAUACCAAGUCGGCAGAGUCGAAGAUGGCCGAGCGACCGGAUCCGGAGAUUCGACGGGUGCCGCUCGAGCAACUGUGUCUUUCGGUCAAGGCCAUGGGCGUGGUUGACGUGCCGGCCUUCCUCGCGUCGGCUCUCACGCCACCUGAGACGGCGGCCGUGGAUGGCGCUUUGCUUCUGCUGGACCGCAUGGGAGCUCUGGCGAAUAACGAAAUGACUGCUCUCGGGCGACACCUCUCGCUUAUCCCAGCGGACUUACGUUGCGGCAAGCUGCUCGUCUAUGGGUCUGCGUUCUCAUGCUUGGACGCCAUGCUGACCAUUGCUGCCAUCUUGACGGUCAAGAGUCCCUUUGUUAAUCCCGAGGGCAAGCGAGAUGCGUCCAAGGCGGCUCGUUCUGCGUUUGGGCGUGGGCAUGGCGACCUGUUGUGCGAUUUACGAGCUUACGAGGAAUGGACAGACCGGCGGUCAAAAGAGUCAACCUCGACGGUUCGAAGAUGGUGCGACGACAACUUCCUCAACCACCAAACCCUCCUCGACAUCUCCACCAACCGCACGCAAUACCUCUCCUCCCUCCAAGAAAUCGGCUUCCUCCCCGCAACCGGCACCCACGACUCAACAACCUACGCCAGUCUGAACCGGCAAAACAACAACCCCGCCCUCCUCCGCGCCCUCAUCGCCGCCUCCUUCCAACCUCAGCUCGCACGCAUUGACAUCCCCGACAAGAAGUUCGCCGCCUCCUCCUCUGGCGCCGUCGAGCUCGACCCGGAAGCGCGCAAAAUCAAAUUCUUCAACGAGGACAACGGCCGCGUCUUCGUGCACCCGGGCUCCACCCUCUUCGACGCCCAGGCCUUCCCCGGGCAUAGCGUGUACAUGAGCUACUUCACCAAAAUGGCGACGAGCAAAGUGUUCGUGCGGGAGUUGACGCCGUUCAAUGUGUACAGCUUGCUCAUGUUUGCGGGGUCGAUUGCGAUUGAUCCGCAGGGGCGCGGGCUGUUGGUUGAUGGGUGGGUGAGGGUACGCGGGUGGGCGCGGAUCGGGGUGUUGGUGUCGAGGUUGAGGAUGAUGUUGGAUGAUUUGUUGGCGAGGAAGGUGGAUGAGCCGGGGUUGGAGGUGAGUGAGGAGGAGGUGGUGAGGGUUGUGCGGCAUUUGGUGGAGUUUGAUGGGCUGGAUCGAUAGGGGAUGGGUGCCUCGCUCGGCCUACGUGAGGUUCUGGCUGGGAACCGGUUCUCGAUAUUACUAUGGAGACGUUCUAGACGCUCCUCGUCAGUGUGUCCAUGGCAUAGCUGCAUUAUUGCCUACCCCGAGUUGUUAAGCAGCGCGUCAGACCUAGAGCUUGAUUACCAAUGUCGCGGUGUUGCAGCC